ACAUGCUAUGCUGCAGCCUUUGCUGGAUGGACUUAGCCACUGAGCUCGAAAUGGCCGACUUUUCGCACAGAGGACUCCGCGCAGAGCUCGAGUCUCACCCUAAAGAGACGGAGAAGCUCUUAGAAAACGCCGGAGAUGACAAGGAGAUUAGGACGCAGCUGGAAAAGAAGUCGCGCGUGUCCGCAGACACUACGGUCUCUUUCGGCGGACGAUUCCACGGAGGGCUCCUUGGACGGGAAAUCAGGAGCACACGGGACGAGCAUACUAGCUGGGCAUAAACGGGAGACCAAGAAAUGCCCGAGUUUCCUACCGCGCGGCUUCUACAGUUGGAGUUCUCCGGACGGGAAGACGGAGCGAGUGACUCCGUUUGCAGUGGUCCUGCUGCUCGUGUUACUUGCGGUGUACGUCCUGAACCAGGCUGACCGACUGGUGCUGCCCGUCGUCAUCCCCAACGGACUGAGGUGCGACGAGGGGAAGGAGGACUGCGGCAGUUACAACGCCAGCGGUGUAGGAGGAAACGGCUCUAGCGCACACUCUAACGGUACCAGCUCAAGCAGGAACUGUAUCCAGUUCGAUGAUGACCAGCAAGGACUAUUGACUGGUCCAGCGUUUACAGUGAUAUAUGUGCUGGCAGGUCUGCCCCUGGCCAGAUUGGCUGAUACGAGAUCACGCCCGCUGGUACUAGUGCUGGGUCUAACGUUCUGGUCGGUCAUGGUUCUAGUGACUGGCUUCACCACCAAGUUUUGGGAGCUCCUGGUCCUUAGAAUCCUGCUCGGAGUUGGAGAGGCAUCUUGUAACCCAGUGGCCUAUUCUCUGCUGGCUGAUUUCUUUCCCAGUCAACACAGAGCAUUUGCCCUCUCCGUCUACCACUAUGGAGUGUACCUCGGAGGAGGUUUGGGGUGGAUGAUGGGUGCAGUCAGCCACCCUCUCAACUGGAGAUGGACGUUUCACAUUCUCGGGAUUGCCGGUCUGGUGAUGGUGCCACUGGCUGUGCUCUCCAUGUGGGAGCCUGCCUCCGUCAAGGCCAGUAGAGAGGCCAGACGGAGAGGAAAGACCUCCUACAGUAUUAGGGAGGUGUUAGUUUAUCUACUGAAAAAUCCACCAUUCCUACUGCUGUUGGUGGCUGCCUCUGUCAGGAACAUUCCAGGUUACGCCUUGGGGGCGUGGCUACCGACAUUCUUCAAGAGAAACUACGGUGCCUCUGACUAUGGGAUACCAGUGGGGCUGGCCAUCAUAUUUGGAGGAGGGCUGGGCUCAUUUCUGGGAGGGUUUGUGUCAGACAGGUUAUCAUCUCGCUGGAGAGGCUCAAAGCCAUUUGUCAUAGCUGGCAGUCAGCUAGUUGCAGCUCCCUGCAUCAUAGCAGUACUGCUGGCCCCAACUGCCAGAGAGUCUUACGGUCUACUGUUCCUGGCCUACCUCACAGCUGAGACCUGGCUGGGUCCUGCUGCCGCCAUCGUCCAGGAUGUGUGUAUGCCUGCAAUGAGAGCCCAGGCAUCAGCCGUGUACAUUGGAGUCAUCACCAUCAUUGCCAGCAGUGGACCAGUCAUUGUGAGCGCUCCCUCGAGUAAUUAAUAAUACAAACCCUCCUCCACCGUCUUAUGUCAACGAGUUUCCUUCUUUGGAUGCCGAUCUGCCACACCUUCAGAAAGUAGCGAGAGAGAGGGAAAUUAAUAGGGAAACAUCUGAAACAUGAGAUUUCUGACCCUCUGGUCAAAGAGUGCUUCUAAAAAAAGCAGCUAUAUAUAGCUCAAUUGUUAGCUGUUUGAGUGGGAAAACUGCCCAUAUUAUGAUGG